GAUGCUGGUAUAGGAGCCCUUAUUCGGCUUUAUUCAAGAUAUGCAUGUUGAUUCCUGAAAUAGAGUAUCAAGAGAGGCUUGGAUAUAUACAGCUGUAUUGAUUCAAAAUAUUGACGCGACAACAACAACGAGUGACACCAAAGAACAUGUAACAACAUCAAUACAACCAAUAAUUCGGCCUCUUCUACUCUCUCGAGCUACCUGUAAAACAUUCCUUACUACUUCUGACACUUUGAUAGUGCACGCUGUCUAUCUCUUCUACCUACCAGUAGGCACUCCUUCCCUCAUUCAGUCUUCAUACUGCUUCUUUCGAGCAACAUUGUACUCGGAUACUCCCACGACACGCUCUUUACCCACAAGGCUGUUUGGUCUUUUUUUCUGUUGAAUCGCGUAACACUCCUUCCUGGUGUCAGGGUUUUCGAGUUACCCGUACCAAAACACGGCAUUACGCGUGCGAUAUUUCCCAAAAGCUUCAUUGUUUUGAUGCUGUGGGGUGACCCAAGUGCUCAACUAGUAUCACUACACAUAAUCUUGGGCAUUCAGCCGAGACUUGUUCUGCUAGACCCCCUGUCGGUUAGAAAUUGGGAUUCACUUCGUCUUAUCAUUUCUUCUUCCCUUCCUUUUGAAAGGCGCGCAGAGGCCAGUGAAAGGUCGAUCGAUAAUGAAAUGUCACCAGCAGGCAUCAAUGGAGGAGGAAUCGGGAUUGAAAAUUGGUUAUCAAAUCAUCGCCAACCUUUUCGCCCCUUUCUACGCGGCAACCUUGAAAAGGCUAUAAGGUACCGAGAGAAAUUCAAGAUGGGCUCCUCAUAUUCAUCUCUCAAGGUUGUCACACCGCCUCAAAAGCAUGAACGCGAGAUUUUGGCAUCUGACGAGGAAGACGACGAGGAUGAAGAUAUAAGGCCUGCCAAAAGAAGAAAGACUGCAAAUCCCGACUUGGCUCCACCUUCGACUCAUGAUCUUUCAAGCCGAUCCAUAUCUUCAACUUCUACUGUUGCUUCAAUAAUGGAGCCGUCUUCACUUAAUCAUUCUACGAGUGAAGAAUCUCCACCAUCGCGUUUACCUACCAAAUCUCAGGUAAACAAGAUCAAGCCCACAGAUUUCUACGGUCUCAGAAGAACAAGAUCCGAUCGAGUUCGUAUUGACUCUGUACUAAAAUUAACGAAACACCCCGUGGACUUUCAGAAAUUGCUACGGAUCCAGGUUGCGAGUAUCAUCCAAAACUCAAGUUUUGAAGAAACCGAUGAUGGAAACACGAGUCAAUACUCUAAUAUAAAGUGUACUUUAGUUUUGCUCCGCGUUUCGGAAGAUGGAUCAUUUACAGACAUCUAUCGGCAACCUCAAACUGGGAGAAUUCGAAUGGUAUCGGAAGGUCGUCAAAACGAUAUCUUUCCCAUAUACUUACCACCCUUUAUCAUACCUUCGGAGGUCCUUUCUCAAGAUCCAAACUUUGAUGGUUCAUUUGAUCCACUACAAGCUCCAAACGAACUUGGGAAAUAUGGAGUUCAAUUUUUGAUUGAGCCAUUUCGCGCCAAUCGAAGGGAGUGGUUGCCUUUGUCAUCUUCCAGUCUACCACAUAACAGUCGCCUCGCAAAAGGAAUAUUCAAAGGAGAGUUAGAACUUACUGAUGUACGUCAAAUAAGAUGCGAGUUUUUGCUAUUUGAGUGGGAUAGCAAGCGAAGCACAGCAGAGAUUGAGCUACUGUAUGAUGGGGAAAGUAUUGAAACUUCUGCAUCAUUGAAAUUAGAUAUACAAUGGUCGCUCCCAAGUCAUCUGCAUAAGAAAGAAGAACAUAUCGAAGUACCAAAACUGCCAACGCCGGUUCCAGAGUUAGCUCCCGAGUUGAGUCUUGCUCAAAUUCUGUCUCCACAAAAGGCAACAACAAUAGAUCCAGAAAGCCCCUCUCGUGGUCAAAGACGUAUUCGUGCAAAUGUUCCAACGUAUAAUCUCAAGGCGUUGAGCGCAAAAGCUCAGGGCAAGAAAUUAAGAGCUCAUUGGGCCAGAGAAACUUCGGAAACUCCUGUCACUGCGACUGAUACCAGAGAAUCUGUGACUUACACGGUCAGCAAAGCGAAUGCGGAAGCAUAUAAUAUCAAACAAACGCAUGUAGUAGCAGGGUUCUCCUGUCCUAUAUGCAAUCUAGACACUAAAUCUAUGGAAAAGCUUCGACUCCAUUUCAAAACCACACAUUUCCGAUUCACAUUUCACGUUCGUCCCAAGUCUUCCUUUUUCAUCGAAAUCAACAAAGAGUCUCGAAAGUCAAGGGAGAUCCACCCUUUGCAAAAUCUUCAGCUUGGGCAAGUCAACACUUUGUUGGACAUGGAGAAAUAUCUUUCUGGUGACAAUUCUUGGGCGGAAGAUAGGGAAGGACCUCUAAAUAACCAAUGGCCAGAUUCAGAAGUUCUUGCUCAUUUGAAUUUCAAAAGUGCUUCAUUUCCAUCACCUGAAACCUCGCGGCAAACCUCGCCAGAGAUGUCGAAUGGUAACCAUGAGACAAAGGAGGGCGAGAGCGCUACCUCGGUGCCUGGUUAUAUUAAACGACAAGCUCGUUCACCUUCCAGGACCAAGGACAAGCACUACGUUCCUGAUAGUAAACAUGGUCCAUAUCCUAGAUCUGCAUAUGCUCCUGACCUUAAAGACCGAGAAUUCAAUGAUUACCGUACGAGGCGGGUUCUGAAACCUGGAGAUGAGUUACCCGAUACUGACGAUGAGAAUGACGAAUCUUACCUCCUCCAUAAACGAAAAUGGAUUAUUAACGAUUACACGGAUGUUAAAGAUGACGAAAAGGAGUACUUUAUUAAGUGGGAAGAGUUCAUCAUGGCCGAACGGCUCACUAAUCAAUCUCAUCUUCCGGAAACAAUCACAAGAUUCGUAACGAGAAAUCGCGUCUGGUUUGCUGAGAAUAAGGCUCGAAAGAAAGAAUGGCGCAAGCAGAUUGAAUUGUGGGUAGCAAGAGAUAACCUCAAAGUCGGUUCAAUUAUGUCAUAUUGUGAAAAGAUGUUUGAAAGGGGAAAGAAGGAAUUAGAUGAGAUGAAUUCCACGAUGAAUUCAAAAUCAAAAUCUACUCCGGACGUGGAACCCGUAGAUGCAGAGCCUGUGAUGAGAGGUCCUCAUGAUUGCGUGUGUGGUCAUCAAGUUUCAGUAUGGCAAAGCAAUGCUAUACAAUGUAGUGGCAGACUUUGUAUUGAUGGCGACUAUCAUCGGGAGUGUGCUGAGAAAUUUGGACGCCUAGUCGAGAGAGGGACUUGGUUGUGUGAUCGAUGUCAUGCAAAAAAGUCGGGAGAACACGCGUCAGGGGGGAGUAGUAAUGCGCUUACGAACUAUUCCCAGAACCGAAUUUUACAACAGAAGCGAAAUGUGUAGGUAGCUAGCAUUAGAGGGGGGGGGGGUAGGAACAGGGAGAGGAAAUGAGAGAAUCUUCCAGGGAAUAGAGGAUACUUAAUCAGACCAAGAUGUAAAUAAUUACAACAAUAUACUGUAUAUAUUCCAAUUCUCUACGUGGAAGAAUCUAGUAUAUGACGAUGCA